AUGGUUAAUCGUUACCAGAGUAAUCCAGGACCAUGCCAUUGGCAGGCAGUGAAAAAAACCUUUCGAUACCUUCGUGGGACCACUGAUCUCAUCCUCACCUAUAGUGGUUCGGAUUUGAGAUUAAGAGACUACAGUGAUGCUGACUGGGCUAGUGACAGAGAUGAGCGUAAAUCUACUUCAAGAUAUACAUUUGUCCCAGGAGGUGGCGAUGUAUCUUGGAGUAGCAAGAAGCAUACCUACAUUGCCCUAUCCACGAUGGAGUCUGAGUACAUCACGUGCUCAGUGGCCGUUCAGGAAGCCAUUUAG